AUGGACAAUGGUUCAUCAGAGAUAAUUGAGGUGUUGCAUAUUCCCACUUGCAAAGUCACUUACCAUGUGACAAAUUGGAGAGCAUACACCACCCAGAUUCUUGAUCAGCUUCAACGUGUUGAUUCCCUCUCCAUUUACUCAUCAAUUCUGGAAGCUAAAGGGAUUAAUCAGUCUCAGAUUGAUCAAGCUACUAAAGGGCUCUCACCUCCAUGUGUGGAUGCCAAUGUGGGACUGAUCACUGUCUCAAAACAUCCACAAUCUGUUGGGAUGGCGGUUAAUGCAGCAUCAUCCAAGUUCUCCACCCCAGACCUUGCAUCAGCGAUGCUAUGUAUGAUUGUGACAUGGGCCUCAGAUAUGGUCCAAAUCGAUACUAUUAUGCCAGUACCAUGCCACUCCCACCACAAAUUAGUUCAAUUGAUAUCUGGCAUGCCUUUAAACUUCAGCGCUGCAAGAGGGCUAGUGGCUCUCUAUGCCGACUAA